UGAGGUGGUAUUUAACUCUGUAAAGGGAAAAACAUGUGUUUCGAGACAUCUUAGUUAAGUGGCUAUCUUCUGCAUGUUUUGUAAACAAAUAAAGAACACACAGAAAAUUUGCAGUUGAUACGUGUCUAUGAUGCAUUACCAUUCAAAGUUAUUGCGUUUAUGUAAAUAAGAGAUUGUAGUGUGCAGUGAAAAAGUCGUUGUUUUUGCUGGAAAAUAAGGAACACUAUAUUUUACACCAUUGAUUUACAUGAUAUCUACAGCUAUAGCAGUGCUCUGAAUUUUCAUUAAGUGAAAAAUAUUUGAAUUUACAAUUCAACUGAUACAUUUUUAAAGAUGCUGUCAGAAGAUGAAAUACUCUUUGAUGAUGUGUACGAACUAAAAGAAAUUAUUGGAAAGGGCCCGUUCAGCAUGGUUCGGAGGUGCGAGCAUCGGACGACCGGUCAGCAGUUUGCUGUGAAAAUUGUAGACGUUGCCAAAUUUACAUCAUGUCCAGGCCUUAGUACAGAAGAUCUGAAGCGAGAAGCAACCAUCUGCCACAUGCUCAAGCAUCCGCACAUAGUAGAACUUUUGGAAACUUACAGUUCGGAUGGAAUGCUUUACAUGGUCUUUGAAUAUAUGGAAGGGUCUGAUUUGUGUUAUGAAAUCGUAAAGCGGGCACAUGCAGGCUUUGUUUACAGUGAAGCAGUUGCAAGCCAUUAUAUGCGACAAGUUUUAGAAGCUGUGAGGUACUGUCACGAAAAUGAUAUCAUUCAUAGAGACAUUAAACCCCAGUGCAUUCUAUUGGCUACAAAAGAAAACAAUGCACCUGUGAAACUCGGAGGAUUUGGGUCUGCAUUGAAGGUGAAGACUGAAAAAAGUAUUCUUGGAGAAUUUGUUGUUCAUGACUAUCGAUCGAAUAUCGGCCAAAGUGGCCGAUUUUACUUGAAGUGCGAUGAGCAUGGAAGGAUAGGAACGUCACAUUUUAUGGCUCCCGAAAUUGUUCUGCGAAGACCGUACGGAAAACCAGCAGAUGUUUGGAGCUGUGGAGUUUUAUUGUAUGUUCUAUUAACCGGAACUUUACCCUUCCUCGGGAGCAAAGAGUGGCUCUACGAAUCUAUAUGUAGUGGACAAGUAAAUAUGAUUGGUCGUCCUUGGGAUAUAGUAAGUAGCCAAGCCAAAGACUUGUUGAGCAAAAUGCUGGCAUUAAACCCAAAGGAUCGCAUUACAGUUGACGAAGCACUGGAACAUAUUUGGAUAAAUGAUAGAGAUAUGUGUUCACCGAAAAUGCAUCUACAGGAAACUGUAGAAGAACUUACAAAGUUCAAUGCCAGAAGAAAGCUUAAGGGUGCUGUUAUAGCUGCAGUCUCCAGUCCAAAGUGGACAAAUUUUUACAAUGAUCCAGCAAUUGAUAGAAUUGAAGAUUACGAGCUAGAAGAAAUCACAUCAACAGGAGCAGUGUCCAUGGUAUUGGACAGCCUCGAUGACAUUCACUGCCUGACGGAAUGUCCUGAACACGACCGGGACUUCCUCAUGUCCGUGUUGGACGACACACAUCUUCAUGCAUUAUUAGACGUGAAUAUUUCCCAGCGGUGAGAUAAGAUCGCUUCACAGGCUCCGUCGUUUCAGAAGAUAGAGGAAACUCAUUGC